UAUAAAAAGAAAUGGGAGGGCAAUAAUGUAAUCUCACGACCUAGCUAGCUAGCUAGUAGCUACUACGCUAGAGAGCGAAGAGUGUGAAGAGUGAAGAGUGAAAGUCAUAUAUAAAUGUGGAUGUGGUGGCCACUGUAUCGAAGCAACACGCAAAAUGGAACAGCAUCAUCUGCCACCGCCCACCAAUAACACCCGUGGUGGCACGCGCCACCCUCUCUACCGCGGCGUCAGGAAGCGCCGCUGGGGCAAGUGGGUUUCCGAGAUUCGAGAGCCUCGCAAGAAAUCCCGCAUAUGGCUCGGUUCCUUCCCUGUCCCCGAAAUGGCUGCCAAGGCAUACGACGUCGCAGCCUACUGCCUUAAAGGCCGUAAGGCGCAGCUCAACUUCCCCGACCAGGUCCACCUCCUCCCGCCGCUCCCCUCCACCUGCUCCGCCAGGGACAUCCAGGUCGCCGCCGCCAAGGCCGCCAACUCCGUGAAGGAUUCUGUCGCUUCCACCCGCGGUGGUGCCGAUGAUGAGGAUGAUUUCUGGGGCGAGAUUGAGUUGCCGGAGCUGAUGGACGGCGAGUGUGGUUGCUGGAGCUCUCCGAGUGGGUCGUCGUGGACUACUUCCUCCGGCGACAUCACGGCGUGGCCGGAGGUGGAGCAACCCUUCACGGCGUGUCUAUGAUGUGUAUGUAUGUAAUCAUGCCUAAGCUACUGGUUCCUAACUUAUAAAUGGUAUGUAUGUUCCGUACAUAUAUUUAUAAACACCGUAUGUGUCAA